CAUUUAAAUUGCCAAAAAAAAAAAAAAAAAAACAAAACAAAACUGAUUAGUCCUUAAGAUUUACCGCGGUAUUUCAAAUCUACCGUGCUGAUCGUCCAACAUCCUCGCUGGUGUCGUCUUUGGAUUCAGUGACUGGCAUCAGGGUAUGUUGAUCGAGUAAUUAUGGAAAACGAGCCUGGAUCCUGUUAUGGGCAGCAAAUGGCUGCAUAUGCAUCUGAAGAAAUCAAAGAGCCGUUAUUGAGUAAGAAUGUACAAGAUGUUAACGUUUCUUCGGUUUCUGGAUCAUCAGUAGCUGCAACCAAUGCACAAGCACAACUUGUUCGUGAUGAAAUAAAAAGUAAACCUGAAGAUAACCGUCCUCAAGAUAAUAGUUCUGCGUUGGAUCAGAGCAGGAUUCCGAUUUUUCAAGGGCUUAUUGAGAAGGUUAGAAGGACAGUUCGUGGGUCAGCUGAUGACAUUGGAUGGCUACAAUGUACUCCAGAGACGCGCGCUCUUGAAGAUGGGACUGAACGGUUUACUAAUAUUCUUGAAAUUAUCAGGAACGGUGUGCACAUGUUGCCAAACACAAUGGUUUAUCUCUUGGUUCCAGGUCUUUUUAGCAACCAUGGACCGCUUUAUUUUACUAACACGAAGGCAACUUUUUCAAAAAUGGGAUUGACAUGUCACAUUGCAAAGAUUCAUAGCGAGGCAUCAGUAGAAAAGAAUGCUAGAGAAAUAAAAGAUUGCAUCGAAGAGUUCCAUUGGGGUUCCAAAAAGCGUGUUUUUAUUCUGGGUCAUAGUAAAGGGGGAAUAGAUGCAGCUGCUGCUUUAUCAAUGUAUUGGCCAGAUUUGAAAGAUAAAGUUGCGGGGUUGGCUUUAGCACAAAGCCCAUAUGGUGGUAGCCCUAUAGCUUCGGAUAUUUUGAGAGAAGGGCAGAUUGGGGACUAUUUCAACGUUCGAAAACUUAUGGAAAUCUUAAUCUGUAAAGUCAUAAAGGGUGACUUGCAAGCACUCGAAGAUUUGACCUACGAGAAACGGAAGGAAUUCUUAAAGAAACACCCCUUGCCUAAAGAACUCCCAGUUGUUUCAUUUCAUACUGAAGCCAACAUUUCUCCAUCUGUUUUAGCAACACUUACUCGUGUAGCACAUGCAGAGCUUCCAAUGUUUGCUACUUUAUCUGCCCCAAUACUUCCUAUUGUAAUGCCUCUUGGAGCCACAUUGGCCGCCUGCGCUCAGCUGCUACAAACAAGAUAUGGUGAGAAGAGUGAUGGGCUUGUUACACGUAGAGAUGCAGAGGUACCGGGCUCGGUUGUGGUGCAGCCCAAGAGGAAAUUGGACCAUGCAUGGAUGGUUUACUCUUCAACUAAUGAUGACCCUUUAGAGGCAGAUGCUUCUCAAGUAUGUGAGGCCCUACUAACUUUGGUCAUGGAAGUUGGGCUCAGAAAAAAUCAUCUUACUAGCAUCAAAGAUGAAUGAGCCCACGCUGGCAAAAUGGUUGGUUGGGGUUGAGUAACGGGUCACUUCUUCCUUAGAUGUUGUACCAUUUAGAUAGCACAUCACGAAAUGAUUGAUAUGAUUUGACAAUAUGUAAGAACAAAUUGAAGGUUUUUCAAAUCAACCAUACCCAGAUAACCCGACCCAAACCAGAUGGGGUUGUAUGGGUCACCUUAUUCGAA